AUGCGUUGCGCUACCACUGGCACGCUGCAGUGUGACGAUGGAUACUGCUAUCAGUCAGAAGUUGUCGAGCCACCGUCGACCAACGUAACCAACAUCUUGACUGGAUCGAUGGAGCAGCUAAACGACCUUAAACCGACUGACCGACAGAACAAAACCGACGACUUCUUCGAAAGCUCCAAGGGAGCAGGUCGCAAAGUUUCGAAGAGUGCAACCGUCUCGAGAGAUAGAGUCCGCGGAUACCUGCAAGCAGGUCAAUCGGUUCCGGUCGAGGACAAUCAAGCAACCGGAGAUUUCCAGCGCGAGGCAAAAGGCGGUUUUUACAUAGGCGAUCCUGCUAGGAGACGAAAUGAAGCGAAGUUGUCGUUCACAGAAGAGUUCAAUCAAUUUUGUUCAAAACAUAAUCUGGUAGAAGUACCAGCGACCAGUGAUUCUCAGUCGGAAACGCCAGCUGUUGUUGCGGCGAAAUUGCCACCUGUAUUUGAGGCGGAAACGCCAGCUUUAAUUCAGGCGAAAACGCCAGCUCUAACUCAGGCGGAAACGCCAGCUCGUACAAAGGCGGAAGCGCCAGCUUCAAUUCAGGCGGAAGCGCCAGCUAAGAUCCAGGCGGAAGCCCCAGCUAAACCUCAGGCGGAAACGCCAGCUAUAAUUUAG